CGAGACGAAGGGGACGAGCGAAGAUUUGGAACAGACACUCUCUGAGAAGCGAUCGAACCACAAGCGGUUAUUUGCCCAGGAAUACGAUGCUUAUCACGUACCCUUAAAACCUAUCCCUAUUUUCGUUGUACGGACCACCACUACUCCUCUUCGCUAUAUUGAGAUCGUGUUGACUGAUACCCACGUUCUGCACUACACCAUCCACUUAAUUGAUAUAAGCUUAUGGAUUUAAGAUCAGGAGACUUCAUCCUCCUCUCUUCAUCUUUCCACACGGAGUCGUCGAGCCUUCCAGAAUCUUGAUAAACUAGCAUUUAAGAAGAAGAAAAAAGUACAGCGAAACUCUGCCUUGUUGCUGGUAAUUGAAUUGCUCUCUGCGAUAUCUCAAAUUCAUCAUUUGAUGUGAUGAGGUAAGUGCUCUGUGCUUGGCGACCGCCUCGUCUCAUUCAUCGAUACCCCUAUGCUGCCAAGACGGUGAUCCAUAUGCUUCAUCUUUUCUUGGAGAUAUAUUGCAAUCGAGCUCUCUGGGACCGGAGUUUUCCAGGAGUGAAAGAGAAGAAGUAAAAAGUUAGCGAGGGAGGAGGAUUAUUUUCCGUUUUUUUUUCUUCUUUUGUGCACUGACUUUAUGCUCCGAAACGGAUAUCAUCCAUCACCAUUUAAGACACUCUUCAGUUAGUCUGUCUUUACAAAGCUCUCAGAAGACUAGACAGGGUUUUGCCUCCUUGGAAGUAUUUCUUCAGCCUGUACAAGACUCCUGUAUAAAGGGGAUCGGACACUCCACCCAUAAGAGAACAACAGAAGGCCGUGUUUAUAUCAAUGGCAACUCCCGAGAUCCAAAUCACCCAGUCCGAAGACGCGAGUAAGACUCAAGAAAAGGGGACUUCCCCAACAGGUAAUCGGGACAACACCAACGCCAUGAACAGAACCCGGGGUUACUCCUUCGGGAGCAGCGACGGGGACGAUGCCUCCUUUCACACUUCCCCGUUUACUUAUGACGUCAUAGAUGACGUCCCUGGUAUGAACAUACUACCUAAGGGGGAUACCCGGGGUCCGGGGCUGUGUUGCACGCCACCUCGUGUGACCAGUCCGACGGACUGUCUCACGGCAGCGUCCAGCAGCAACCCCGCCACCAAGCCAAGGCGAAACUCGGACUCUCAGGCCUUCAUGGUUGACCCCGAGUUCAGGCAUGCGAUCAUUGCCCUGGGCCACACGGAGGACAUCUCGGUAGGUUACUCACCCCGGCGAUUUGAUGCCGUGUGGAAGGCGAAGGAAACCCCGCGGGAGACGGGUGUGCGGAGACAAAGUCUUCCGGUCUCAAAAGUUUACAGCGUGCAAGAAGAAACCUCCGACUCUACACUUAGCGUGAAGAGCGCCCCCAUCAGUCCGUUGGGCCGAAUGGCAACGCGUAACUUCUUCGAGAACAAACUUGGUCUGGCCGAGGACCUCAAAUUCAUCUCUCGUAUGCCCGAACUGUGCGAUGUGACGUUCUUAGUUGGGGAUAGGCGGGAACCAGUCUGCGCAGUGAGAGCAAUUUUGGCGGCAAGGAGCAGGGUGUUCCACAAGCUUCUAUACACCGGUACAGUCACACCCUCGAGCAGUCCACGACGCCGUGCCAACAGCAUGGAGAGCCGCUUCGCUCGGAAGACCGUCUCGUUCCUCACACGGUCGAAAAGUAAUGGCGACCCGGACGGUGUCAACAGCGCCUCCAAGUGUCCAAGAACGGUCAUUAUUGAGGAAUUUGAACCGACAGUAUUCUACAAGUUGGUGGAGUAUUGUCAUACGGGCUGUGUGGUUCUGAAUGCUGAUACAGUCUUAGGCCUUAUGAACGCGGCAGAUCACUACGGCUUAGACGAGUUAAGGCGAGCCUGUAUCGAGUACAUGCAUGUCUGUUUGAACCUGAGCACCGUGUGUCUUCUGCUCUCCUCCGCCGAGAAAUACAUACAGUACAAGGCAACCAAAUCGCUGGUCCAAAGGGCGUUGGAGUUUGUGGACGACAACGGUGAAGAUGUACUUCGCUUUCCCGCAUUUUUAAAACUUCCCCAACACGUGGUCCGUCUCAUCUUAUCACGUGACGAGCUCCAGGCAGACGAGCUGACCAAGUUCCAUGCCGCCCUCGCCUGGAGUACGCUUCAUUUCCGGAACACGCCCGGAACGACUCUCAAAGGCGCCAUGGCUCCGUUCGUAGACACCAUUGCAUUCCAUCUGAUCCCCGCCUCAACACUGAUGCAGGAGGUGAAGGAUUCGGGUGUUGUACCAGACCAGAAGAUCAUGACUGCCCUGGCGUUCCAGGCGGAUCCGGGGAGCGUUGAUGCACGGGCACUCUCUGCGACUCCGAACCGCCUGAGGUUGUCCAUGCUCAGUUUGUCCCUCGAAGACCGCUCGGUGAUCGAGAACGCGGACACGGACCGGACGGAUCUCUCGGACGAUGACGAAGGUUCCGACGAUUGCAUCAACGAGUGUGGCAGUCGAGGCUCGAUGGGGUCCCCAACAAGAUCACCGGAACUCCGACGGCUCAGCACUGUGGAUUCGGACGACGGACUCGGAACAAACAACCGCACAGACCAGACUCUUUUUGAGAACGAGGGACACGAUGAUUCUGGCCACUAUGACAACACCUCAAACACUAUUUUCGAGAGUAUUCCGGACAAUCACGAGUACCACUCAGAGCGCCCUCAGUCGGCGGAUGAGUUCUCCGGGUGCACGGCGACGUCACUCAGCAAUUUCGACUCGAUGUCGAUGUCGACAAACUCUGACGUUACCGACAGUAGCAGUGCUGGUGGAAGCUUCGGCAGGGCGGACCAGAAGAAUUCCUCUCACUCGACCGGGGUCAAAUCACCGAUUCCCGGUACCCCACUCUGAAGGAAAUCUGCCCGCCCGCUCCUCGGACUUGCCAUUAUCAGUUUGAGUAUCGGUGACAGAAUAAAUAUGUUCUCGACGUUCCCAUGAGCGACUUCGAAUACAAAAUUGAUCAAAAGCUGCUCGACAACUACUACAUUGUCGACACAAAACCCAGCUGAGCUGUGUGUUUAUGACGCUAGGCUAGACGCCGCAAGAAGAUCAGCGUUGAUCCCCAGCCAAGAAGGGUUGUUUUGUGGUGUUGCUUCUCUGCGCCUCGGAGUAUUACGCAAAGCCUGACAGUGCAGUUCUAGUAAGAAAACAUCGCUACAGUAGGCUGAACGCAUGAGUGUGAAAACAGUCAGAUAUAUUUUACAAGGUGUAUUAAAUAACAUAAACUGCCUUGGAUUAUUUCAGAGAAUUUCUUGUCUGAUUCAGUUUGUAAUGUUGUGUAGAGAGCUUCUCUCAUUGGUCAAAGUACGUCACGUGUAUUCUACUCAGGCAACGGUUAUUAAUAUGAGGUCAGUAGUGUCGUUGUAACUGCUUUGUUUGUGAGGUCACUGUCUAUACAUUGUUCUAAUGUAACAUGAUUUCAUAUCGCGAAAUCGACUUAUAUGUCAAUUGAUUUGUGGAUAUUGAUUGUAUUGCGAUAAUCAAUGCUGCUGAGGUGAAAUUACAGAUGGCGAGUGUUCCAACCCUAGUCAAUGUGCCUAUUUACUUGUCGGGGUUAUAUACAGGAUCGAUAAUAAGGAUGAAAUGUUUAAUUUGAGUCUGAAAGCUUACUGACUAAAUGAAGUUCAUGUACAAUUUAUCUGUGAGAUUUUUUUCCUGUGAAUUUAAGUCAUAGUCGAAAACAAAGUAUCUGAAAACCAGAAAAGAAACUUAACAAACGUAACUGAUAAGCUGAUAUUGAAUUGAAGACUAUCUAUUUUAUCCUCUACCGAACCUGUAUAAUACCUUCAUUUUAAGGUUUUCAAUUCUUAGUUUUAUAAAUGUAAUUAUGUUUAAUGUUGGUAGGCCUUAUUUUGGAUUGUUCCUCAUCGAAAUGUUUUGUAUUGUCAUUUGAUGUGUAAUUAAACCUGUCGUUUCAGCUGCUGCUUGAUGAUGAUGAUUAUUCAAGUAUAUACAUAGUAACGGUGAAUGUCAAUAACUUUACUAAUAAAUUAUAAGAUCGAACGAAAAUGUGACCAAGUGAUCUUUGCUAAAAUUCAGUUGAAAUGUCGUCAGUCAAUAAGAAACUUGAGUUCACAUGAUAUGAAACAGAUAUUUUAAUUACCAAAAACACACAAUAAUUUUGAGAACAGUUCUCGUGUGGUUUUCCCCCAAAAAAAAUUCUCAAAAGAAUAUGCAGUGACGUAAUCACUUAUAAGAAAAACUACGUCAUUUUUGGGGGCUCCGUUUUGUAUAGCCGCUUUGUUGCAACAUAGAGGUAAAACAAUGCAAUGCCCCGCAAAACUAAUCACGCCGUCAACGGCAGAAGUGCAGCUAGUUUAAGAUAAAAACCGUGAAGUUGGGCUUUAUCUUUUGUUCGAUGAAAACGGAAAAAAAUAGAAGUGUAAAAAAAAAUCAAAUUUACAUUUUAAAUGAUAAGCAAAAACAUUAUAAACAAGUUUAAAUGGCAUUCCCGUUAAAAUUGUUUCCUUAAGUUUCUGUUAAAGUAUCUGUCAAGUAUCUGUUCAUUUGUUAGAACUUCCGUUUAUGUGUGAUAUUUAAAUUUGGUUAUGAGUUAUUGUUCGUAUUUAAAUGUUCUUCUUUUAAUAUGAUCGAACUGCAGAAGCUGGACAACUUUGUCUUAGUAUUGACCUUUCUUUUGCAACGUCACAGCCGUGAGUUUUUGCCUACCCGUUGUACGGGCAGCCUUCACUGCAAACAUAAGAAGGCCUAAGUGAUGUUGUUUGCAUCAAUUUUUGCCUACUACCCUAAAACAAAUACUUAAAACAAACAAGUUGUUAUGAUUUAUUAAUCAAAAAAGGACUUUAUGACAAGCAACCUGUAACUUUUCUUUUGCUGUACAGGGCAAUCAAUAAAAAAAGUGGCGGCCAAUAGUGAAAUAAAAAAAAGGUCUAUGCAGACGAAGCACUUCAUGUUUAUAUGUUCACUAAGUGAACGAAGGAUAACUGUUAUUUGGGUGAUUGAAUAGUCAAUUUGAAAUGUCUAAACUCAUAUACAAUGCAGUCUACCAAAAAAUGUCUACCAAUGCCCAUCGCCUACUAUCGGUGAUUUGAACACGCGGUGAGAAUCACACUUUUACAAAAUGUUUUGUUGUUGUUGCUCACUUCUGCUUGGCAAGCAAAUUAAGCUAGGCGAUCAAAAUAGGGUGAUGAAGUGAAACAGGGCCCAAUAGGAGACUUUGGAACGCUAGGUGGCAGCAGACUUACCGAGUAAAUUGCAUUGUUUACGUUGUUCUGAGCAU